AUGCAAGUAGGUGUUCUGGACCUACCUAGGUACCAAGACUCCAAUACUAAACCACUUAGAAUCCGCCGGGUAAAAUGUGGAGAAGAAAGACCAAGUUGUCUACGAUGCACAAGCACAGGCAGGAAAUGCGAUUUCAAAAUAGAGCCCAUCAUCUUCGUCAACCCAUCGCUAUCACCCAACACUGGAUCCCGGGAGAGGCGCGCAUUCGCCUAUUAUUUCGAAUUCGCAGCCUCAUCUAUAGGCGGUGGGUUGGAUCUGGAUUUCUGGCGCACCGUCGUACCACAGGUGUGUCGACAUGAGCCUGCAGUUUGGGAUGCGAUUAUUUCAAUCGGUGCUUUAUUUGAAUGUUCUCAGAAGGGUCCGAAUCUGUUUCUCAGACAGGCUGGGUUGAAAGACCUGGAUCAGAAUCAUCAGGAUGUGCUGGCUUGGUAUGCUCGCUCUGUUUCGGCUAUUCGUUGCCGGAUCGAGGCUGGGAAUGUGGAUGCUUUUGUUGGGUUGAUUAGUUGUAUGCUUUUUAUCUGUGUGGAGGCUCUUCAGGGUGAUACGGGUGGUGCAAUGCAGCUUUUUGCGCAGGGGGUGCGGUUGAUUAUGGCUUUGCGGCCCAUGAUUGCCUCUGGUGCUAUAUCUGCUAGUAAGGCUGAAUUGCUGGAUGAUACGAUUAUUCCCAUCUUUCUUCGUCUGGCGGCUUGUGCGCUUGCUAUUGAUGGUCUGCCGCUGGAUGUAUUGUUGGAGAAUCGCACUCCGCAGCUGUUUGAAUCACUCAGGUCGGCGCGGAAUGCCAUUGUUUCGCUGGCUGUGGAGAUUCCAAUGUUCGAGGCCAAAUGCAUUGAUCAUAUGCUGCAAACUGAUAGCUCGGUUGUGCCGGACGAUCUCCUGGCCCAGAGAAAUGUCCUGGCAUCAAAACUCGAGAGUUGGUAUACUGCAUUUGCUGCUAUGAACAACUCCAAUAAGAAAAUUACAUCGGAAGAAAUCGGCGCCGCGGCUCUUUUUUUCUCAUAUCAUGAAAUGCUAUACGUGAUGUUGGGGACUUGCACGUCGAUGUGCCUGACAAACUUCGACGCUUUCAUACCAAACUUCCAAAGGAUCGUCGAACAAUCAGCCAUUACACUCAGGGCGUCAACAAGACCAGAUGGAACACAGCCACCAUUCACAUUUGAGCUCAGUGUCGGUCUCCCGCUGUGGUUUACUAGUCUUCGAUGCCGGGAUCCGCAAAUUCGUCGUUUGUCACUCACUUUACUCCACCGGGCACCUGCCGUCCAAGGAUUCUACCAAUGCUCCGUUGGCACAGCGAUCGGCGAAAGGAUCAUGGGACUGGAGGAAUCAUUCGAAAUGGGCAUUCAUGCAGCACAGCCAGUCAAGACACUGGAACCUGCGAAGAAUCCAGGCCUCGAGAUCGUUGCGAGUUCAUCUGCUGCUGUGGAAAUCGAGGCUCAUGCAGGCUUGAUUUCAGAAGAGGCACGAGUUGGACCAAUCACUUUGUUCAGGCCGCGGGACGGCCUGCCAAAGGGGACCAAGUUGGAAGAUAUUGCUGAGUGGAAUCGAGACCCUGGUCAAGCAUUUUUGCGUUUCUCUCGGAAUGAACGAGGCUUGACUGAUGAUUCUUGGCGAACAACUUACAAGUAUGUGCCUUUUGACCAUGCUUUACCGGAUUUAUACUAUGUGGUGUCUUGUGUCGACUCGGAGAAACCACAAGCCAUGGUGGCAUGA